AUGAUAUACACUACAGAGGUGUACGAAAGAGUUAAGAAGGUUCUUGGAGACCUGUGCAUGGCACAAAGUGGGGAUGGCGGAGUGACAUACCGGGUGGUAAAAUACAGAGCCAGGGCUCCAGUGUUCCUGGUAGAAGGAAACGGAGGAGAGAUGUAUUUGAUGGAAGACGGUGUCUUUGAACUUGAAUCCAAAGGGUUUGAUAUUGGAGUUCCAAGGGAGAAGGAAGUUGUUGUUGUGUUUUUUAGGUUCAGCACCAAAAGGACUGCUCGAAACGCAGCAUCCGUAGAGAUGUAUGAGGGAGGGCAGUUCAUGGAAGUGGAUGUAGGAUCUGUGGUAUGUGAUGGAAGAGGAUUGGGAACCUUGAUUAUGUCCCGGAUUCCGCAAAAUUUGUAUGUACUAUCCAAUGUAUUGAGAAGAUUCAUCCGGAUCAAUGGCGGAGAGGAUACGGAUGGGAUAUUCGAAAAACUGCUUGUAGAUGCACUCAUCUCGAAUAAGAUUUUAUGA